UAUUGCAACUAAAAAUUAUGUCGUUAGUAAUUGAUCCUUUGUUCCAUGUAAGACGUAAAAGAACGAAUAAAAAUACAACUGACGGAAAGAGGCGAAGAAGAGAUAUUGCAUAAGUUUACCCUUGUCAUGCUUUCGUUAUCACUAAAAGAGGUCUUGAGUCGCUUCAAGGAUGGAAAAGUAUCACCAACCGAAUUGUGUACAAAAUGUUUGGAACGACUGCGGAAAGUGAGAGAGUUGAAUGCCUUCAUCAGUGAGUUGCCGGAGAAAGUGCAGUCUGAAGCCAGUCGUUCCUCUCAAAGGCUGCUCGAUGAUAACCCUCCCAGAGUAUUGGAAGGCAUUCCCAUUUCAUACAAGGAUAACUUCUGCACUCUGGGAGUUAAAACAACAUGUGCAUCCAAGAUGUUGGCUAGCUACGUUCCUCCCUACAAUGCCACCAUGGUGGAGAGAGCAUUGCAGCAGGGAGCAGUCCUCAUGGGCAAGACAAACAUGGAUGAAUUUGCUAUGGGAUCAACCAGUACAGAAAGUACUGCAGGUCCUGUGAAAAAUCCAUGGAAGUUCAAAUUCAAAAAAUGCAAAUCAUUAGAUCAUGGACAGACUUCUAAUACCAGAAGCAGCUCAUUGGCUAAUAAGAGCAGUUUGCCUGACCAAUCAGCAUCCUUGGUAGAAGAGGAAGAUGGGGAUUGGUUCCUUGCCGGGGGUAGUUCUGGAGGAAGUGUGGUGUCAGUUGCAUCUGGUGUUUGCUGUGCAUCUCUUGGUUCUGAUACUGGAGGAUCGACCCGACUUCCGGCAUCGUUUUGUGGAGUUGUGGGACUGAAGGCGACAUACGGAGUUCUGUCCCGACACGGACUGAUCCCACUUGUCAACUCCAUGGAUGUGCCUGGAAUAAUCACACGCACUGUCGAUGACGCUGCUAUUGUACUGAAUACACUGGCUGGUCAUGAUGUCAUGGAUUCCACUACUGUCCGGGACAAAUUCCAGCCUGUGACACUGCCUGAUGAAAUAUCGGUGAAGAAUCUCCAUGUUGGAAUUCCCAAAGAAUAUUACGCCCCUGGUGUGACACCUGAUGUAUUGGCCGCGUGGAGCCGGGCGGCGGACAUGUUUGAGCGAGCCGGCGCCAAGGUAUCCCAGGUGUCCCUACCUCACACACAGUACUCCAUCGUCUGUUACUCGGUCCUGUGUUGCUGUGAAGUGGCCUCCAACAUGGCCAGAUAUGACGGAAUCCAGUUCGGUCACCGUGGUAAUAAUGAUGAAUCCACGGAUGAGUUGUACGCUCUGAGUCGUCACGAAGGUUUCAACACUGUCGUCCGCAGUCGCAUUCUCACGGGAAACUGGUAUCUUCUACGAAAAAACUACGACGAUUAUUUCAUCAAGGCUCAAAAAGUGAGACGCAAGAUCAGUGAAGACUUUGCGAAGGUUUUUAACAGCGGUGUUGAUGUUCUCUUAACUCCCACCUCCCUAAGUGAGGCUCCCUCCUACAGACAAUCCAAACAGAUAGACCACCGAGCGCUGUCGGAGCAACAGGACGUCUUCACUCAGCCGGCUAACAUGGCAGGGAUUCCAGCUGUGACAGUCCCAGCAUGUCUGUCAUCUAACGGUUUACCAAUCGGCCUGCAGCUCAUGGGACCACACUUCAGUGAACAAAUGUUGCUAAGUACCGCAAAGUGGUUUGAGCAGAACACAAGAUUUCCAUAUUUAAACCUAGACUUUUUAGACAAGCGGAGUUGACAACUGGCCAGUCUGUGAUUCUAGGAGAGAAAACAUUUAAGCGUAUAUAAAGUGGUUUGAACAGCU